CCGCGCUGCGGCGUCACCGCGCGCUUCCGGCGGGGCCCGGGUGCGGCGGCGCGGCCCGAGGGUGCUCCCGGCGUCCCUGGAGGGCGGCGGCGGCGGCUCCUCCUCGCCUCGGGCCAUUUUUGCGGAGCCGACGGGCUGCAGCGCGGGGCGAGGACUCCGGGCGUGCCCGUGGCUGUCGGGCCGCCCCACCUGCCGCAGAGCCCGGCCUGGCCUUCGGCUUCCUGCGACCCUGGCAAAGCGCCCCUGUGUUCUGGGGUGGUUUGUUGUCGCCGAUUUAGCAGAUAAUUUAUUGUUUUCCUGCGUGUAUGUUGCAGGUCUUUGAAACAUCUGGAUCUCUUUACACACAGCCAGAGCUGCACUUGGCUGGAAACUAUGAAGAAAUAUUGUGCAUAAAACUUUGACAGGACCAAGAACAUGGCAUCUUCAACAAACUUGGAUGCUGGGGCCCAGUUAAUUUUAGAAGAAUGUCCCACUAGCUACAGCCUUCCGCCCAUGCCGGACAUUAAAGUGGAGCACCAGCUUGACUCUAGCACAGAGGAAGGCCCAGCUCAGAGUGUUGCCAUGGGGAUGAAAUUCAUUUUGCCUAAUAGAUUUGAUAUGAAUGUCUGCUCACGAUUUGUGAAAUCUUUGAAUGAGGAGGACAGUAAAAAUAUUCAAGACCAAGUCAACUCUGACCUUGAAGUGGCAUCUGUCUUAUUUAAAGCUGAAUGCAACAUCCACACUUCUCCUUCCCCUGGCAUCCAAGUAAGACAUGUUUAUACUCCAUCAACUACUAAGCAUUUCUCACCAAUAAAACAAUCAACUACACUAACUAACAAACACAGAGGAAAUGAAGUUUCUACAACACCUCUGCUUGUAAACUCAUUAUCAGUUCAUCAGCUGGCUGCUCAGGGAGAAAUGUUGUAUCUGGCCACACGUAUUGAACAAGAAAAUGUAAUCAAUCAUAAGGAUGAAGAAGGAUUUACCCCUCUGAUGUGGGCUGCAGCUCAUGGGCAGAUAGCAAUAGUGGAAUUUCUCCUCCAGAAUGGUGCAGAUCCUCAGAUUUUGGGGAAGGGGCGAGAAAGUGCCCUCUCACUGGCUUGCAGUAAAGGAUACACAGAUAUUGUCAAAAUGCUGCUUGACUGUGGAGUUGAUGUCAAUGAAUAUGACUGGAAUGGAGGCACACCUCUACUAUAUGCAGUACAUGGGAACCAUGUGAAAUGUGUGAAAAUACUCCUUGAAAGUGGUGCUGAUCCAACUAUCGAAACAGAUGCUGGCUAUAAUUCUAUGGAUUUGGCUGUAGCCUUGGGCUAUCGUAGUGUUCAACAGGUUAUUGAGUCUCAUUUAUUAAGGCUACUUCAAAAUAUCAAGGAAUAAUGGUUGGCUCUUCUGCGGGUGUCCAUUCUUCACUUGGAGAUUUGAACUGCUUUUUAGCCCUGUAAUCAGUGACAAAAAUUGGUUGUUUUGUUAACUUUAUCUCUGUUCAAGUAUUUGCUGGUUUUAGUUAAGCUUUUUAAUAUGCUUUCACUUCUUUCAGUGUUGUUCAUGGAACUAUGUGAUGUCAUCCUUAAAUAUUUUUUAUAUAAUUUUAGAAUAAGACGUCAGUUGUUGUGCAUGAAAACCUGUAAAUAAAACCAGUUGUGACCAUC